AUGUCAAAAGAAAAAUAUCAAAUUGUCCCUUUCGCGGAGGACAAUUACAACGCAUGGGAGUUUCGAUUAAAAAGUAUCCUGCGGGAUAAUGAAGCAAUAGAGGCGAUCGAAAAGGAGGAUUUCAGUAAAUCUACGUAUAACAAGCAAUUGCAAUUGGAAGCUAAGGCCCAGGCUAUCAUAAUAGCGGCAACCGCCAACAGUCACCUCGAAUACUUAAAGGACAGAUCUGCUUAUCAAAUGAUUAAAAGCAUGGAAGACAGCUUUAAGAAGAAAAGUACACGAUCUAAAUUAUUUAUAAGAAGAGAGUUGUCCGAUAUGAAAUUCAACGAACGGAAACCUUUAAUGGAACAUUUUAUUGACAUGGAAAAGCUAUUUGCACAACUCGGGGAUGCUGGCAGUGAGCUCUCGGAGGAAGAAAAGGUUAACUAUUUACUCCUAUCCAUGCCAAAAUCUUAUGAAGGCAUUAUCACGGCUUUGGAAACUGUGGAGGAAUUGAAAAUGGACUUCGUGAAAAACAGACUGCUUGGGGAAGAGGAAAAACGGAAUAGAGGAGCGACCAAAUCCCUUGACUCUUCAAUCUUCUUGUGUUAUGGAUGUGGACGCCCUGGACACAAAAAAUCCCAGUGUAGGAGCACUCAGCAGGCACGACACAGGACUGACGACUGGAGAAUUCACGGCCGUGGACGUAGCGACUGGAAGUACAACGGAAGCCGAGACGACAGUAAGGCAACUCGUCAUCAGACCCAGGGGAGAGGUAAAGGAAAGUCAUUUCUUACAGGCACUGAAAAUACUGAAGGUAACAAAUUUGUAAGUUUUAUGUCCUUUAGCCCUGACACCGAACAGCAGAAUAAAAAUAGUUUUAAAUGGGUUGUUGACUCAGGUAGUUCAUUUCAUCUUGUAAAUGACAUUAGUUUAUUCUUUAAUUAUUGUAAACUGGAUAAGCCAGUUAAAAUUUUAGCUGCAAAAAAUGGCGUUGAUUUAGAGGCUGUUGGUGUAGGAACAAUAAAAUGUUAUUUAAGUGAUUUUAAAGUUGAUAUUAUAUUAAAUGAUGUGUAUUAUGUACCACAAUUAAGGAAACAUUUAUUAUCUGUUUCCAAAAUGGAAAAGCAUGGUUUAAAGAUCAUCUUCAAUAAAGGGGAAGUUAAAAUUUUCUUACAAACCAAUGAAUUGCUUAUGGUUGGGCAUAGACUAGGGUCCCUUUAUUUUGUAGAAUUUAAAGUAAUAUUUAAUGAUUGUUAUUAUGGUGCAAAAUCAGACACCAAUGAUAAUUCAGUAGAAAUUUGGCACAAACGAUUUUCUCACUUAAGCUAUAGUAGUUUGAAAACUUUAGUAAAUAAAAAUAUGGUUGACGGUUUAACUGAUUUGAAAGAAAAAAAUUUAGAAAAUAGGCAUUGUGAACCAUGCAUACUUGCUUUUAACCCUUGA